AUGCGCACGAGAUCUAUGUUCCGGCUAUGUUCUAUCAGAGUACAGUCGUUAAGAAUCCUUUGUGUGGUUGAUUUCAAUUGAAUUAGAAUCGUUUUGUCACAAUGAAGUCGCUUUUGUUAGUGUAUUUUUUAUUAAUUGUUUAUUGUUCAAUCAGUAAGGCUGAUGAUAAAAAAGGUCCAAAAGUUACAGAUAAGGUAUGGUUUGACAUUAGCAUAGAUGGUAAACCAGAAGGCAGAGUUGAAAUUGGACUUUUUGGAAAAACUGUACCAAAAACAGUUCAGAAUUUCAUAGAAUUAGCUAAAAAACCUCAAGGAGAUGGAUAUAAAGGUAGCAAGUUCCACAGAGUCAUUCGUGAGUUUAUGAUUCAAGGAGGAGACUUUACAAAAGGAGAUGGAACUGGAGGACGUAGUAUUUAUGGAGCUAGAUUUGAAGAUGAAAACUUUAAAUUGAAGCACUAUGGUGCUGGAUGGUUGUCUAUGGCUAAUGCUGGAAAGGACACUAAUGGUUCUCAAUUCUUCAUUACUGUGAAACAAACUCCAUGGCUUGAUGGUAGACAUGUUGUUUUUGGGAAAGUAAUUAAAGGAAUGGGUAUAAUAAGAAAAAUUGAAAAUAUCAGUACUGAUACCCGAGAUAGACCAACAAAAGAUGUUACAAUUGCUGACUGUGGUGCAGAAGUUGUAACAGUGCCUUUUAGUGUAUCAAAAGAUGAUGCUACUGAUUAAACAUUAUGUUCUCUUUCUUAUGUUGAAAGCUAAUCAUAUGAUCAUUACAUAUUAAAUGAACAAAUUCGUAUACUUAUAAUUUUGUAUGCAUAAAAUGCCAUAUUGAAAAGCUUGUAUUCAAAAUUGGUAAUAGUUUUCUACGUAAUUGCUCAACAUAUUGUUGCCUACUACAUUAUAACAUACAUUUUAAAUUACCUUAAAUAUGUCAAGUAAUUAAAUCCAAUUACUUACAAAAAUAUGAAAUAAAAAUUUGCAUAUUUUAAUUUCUGUUUUAGAGUAUUAAAAAGUGAUUCAUGUAUUUACAGGUAGAAUUUUGAUAAAUACAUAAAAAAGCAAAUUAAACAAGCACAAAGUAUACAAGAUUGUAUCUUACAAUCUACUGCUAACUUAGAUUAAGUUUUAUAAACAUGUAUAUGCAUAAUAAGAUGUGCAAUAAUUUUAUAAACCUAUAAUUGCAUUUUUUAGCAAAUAAAGCGUUUAAAUAAUA